GGAUGUUGCUGUGCCCGCGGCCUCACAGCAGCAGCAACCGCAGCUAGGCGCGGGAACAAUGCUGCUGCCGACGCCACCAAUGUUACUGCACCAGCAGCCCUUCAGUGCCGCAUCCCUCUCCUCGCAAGCUCCCUUGGUACCUGCGGGCGCUAGCACUUCUGCUGGUGGUGCUAUAGGAGGCAGCACUGCUAAUACUACCGCUGCUGCUGCGGCGGCGGCGGCAGCAGCUGGCGGCAGCGGGGUUCCUCGCAGCGGGGGUCAGCCCCCCCGUCCGGUGCUGACUCAGCACCUGCGCUGCCAGCUGACUCAGAACCAGAGCAUGUCGGGGGAGCUGCAGAAGGCGCUCAGGAGGAUCACACCGGCGCUGCAGGCCCACAUCUCCGCCCUUACCUUCGAGAUCGUGGAGGAGACCUACGCCGAGCCCGCCCGCUGCGCCACCCCGCUGGAGCUCUCCGCCCUGCCCGGCCUCAAAUCCCUCACCGUCCUCUCCGGCGCCGAAGACGCCCUCUCACAUUCCAAACUAGACAUCGUGGGUGCCACCGCCCUAGAAACCCUGGUGGUGUUUGACGUCUCCUGCGGCUGCUGGUGCUACAAGAAGCCGGGGCACGGCAUCCCGCCGCGGUUGUUGUCCGCGCCGCCCGCCUGCCUGCGCAGCCUCACCAUCGUGGGAUUCGUGGUGAACCAGUGUCAGAACCUGCAUGCGCUGUCCGCGCUGACCUGUCUGGAGGAGCUCCGGCUGGAGCAGCCCGACCCGGACUGCCUGGGUGCGGUGGCGGGGGAGCUGCUGCUGACGUGGCUGCCGCCCUCGCUGCGCACCCUCAAGCUGCAUGCGGUGGUGCUGCCGCCGUGCGGGGGACUGAUGCAGUGGCCCUGCAGCCCUGUGCCCACAGGCUGCGGUAGCAGUGCGGCGGCGGCGGCGCCUGCGGCGCCGCAGCCGCCGCCUUCGGCGGCGGCUCCCGCCGCCGCCACCCUCACAGCACCUCCUUCCAUACCCGGUAGCAUCAUCAGCAGCAGCGGCCUAUCCGGUUCCUGCCCUGCCGCCGCCGCUAGCAGCAGCACCCACAGCAACGGCGCUGCGGAGCUGCUGUACGGCGUGGCCCCCGUGGCCCCGCUUCCCCGCCUGCAGGAGCUCUACCUCUCCAAAUGCAAGGUCCCCGCGCUGGGGGUGCUGGGCGUGUGCUCGCAGCUUACCGCCCUGGGCCUCAUCAACUGCCUCAGCUGCAGCGGCCUGCUGCCCGCAGCCACCGCCCUACCCGCGCUGCGCUCGCUGUCACUCAUCCACACCCUCUCGACAGAGCAGGAACAUGGGCCCAGCUGCUCCGGGGGUGCUGUAGGCGGUGGCCUAAACACCAUGCCACCCGCCAUGUACGCGGCUGCUGCUGCCGCAGCGCCAGCGCCCGCAGCCACCGGCGGCGGCCAGAACGGCCCAUGGGUCGCAUUCCCGCCACAUGCAACGACCGGAGCUGCCGGGCCGGCGGCCGCUGCCUCGCAGUCUACAGUGCUAGCCCCCGCGCUUCACGUGCCCGGGCUGCCGCUGCCAGCGGCGGUGUGGGGCAGCGACGAGCAGGUCGCCGCAGCCGCCGCCUGCCGUUCAGUGACCUCCCUGGAGCUCAUCCUGCCCCGCGGCGCCGCCGGCUACCCUGCAGUGGCUGCGUUGGCGCGCAUGCCGUGUGUACGGGAGCUGGAUGUAGCGCUGCCGUGCGGUCUGGGGGAGUGUCUGAUGGGGCUGGCGGCGCUAGGCAGGGGGCUGCCGGGGGGAGGAGGUGGGGGGCGGCUGAGGCGGCUCACGCUGUGGGUGGACGCGCGCACGUGCGUCAACCGCAACCAAGCUAGGCAGCUGCAGGCCAUCCAGCGCAGCCUGCAGGCCCACAUGCCCGACACGCUGGUGGAGUGGGCGGGCGCGGAGUCGCGACACAGCAGCUGGACGGGGCUGGAGGCGCGCGUGUUCAACCCGCACUGAGCCGCUGUUGCGUACAACACUGACAGCAGCAGCCACACCGCCCGCUGUUGCGUACAUACAUGGCGUGUAGGUGUGUACAAGCGAUUGAGCCGUGCAGUUGUUCUGACCAAAGCUGUCGACCGAGGGGAGAUGCACAUGUGUCGUGUGGUUUGUGGGCAGUGGAGAGGCAGCGGGGGUGAAGUGGGG